AUGGCUGCAACUCAGGUAGGAUGGAUUGGCUUGGGGUCUAUGGGCAUCGGGAUGUCAAAGAACCUCCAAAAGCACCUUUCUAGCACUUCGGCACCACCACUCAUUUACACGAACCGUACGAUUUCCCGUGGCGACCCGCUCAAGGCAAUAGGAGCAGUCGCAGCGGAGAGCGUUGGCGAGGUGGCUAAAAAGAGCGACAUCAUCUUUUCAUGUGUUAGUGAUGAUGCAGCCCUUCGGCAUGUUGCCGAUGAGAUUGUGGCGUCGGGCAAUAUUAACGGAAAGGUGUACGUCGAUUGCUCAACUGUGCAUCCCGACACAUCGGUCGCAAUCUCAAAACAAAUUUCCGAAUCUGGAGCGGAGUUCGUCGCGGCUCCUGUAUUUGGUGCAUCGGCCGUGGCGGAGGCGGGAAAGCUCAUUUUCGUUACAGCGGGACCUUCAACAGCUACGUCAAGGAUCGUGCCCUAUUUAAAUGGCGUUAUGGGACGUUCCGUCAUAGAUAUGGGGACCGAAGUGUCAAAAUCGAGUCUACUCAAAAUCGCAGGCAAUGUCUGCGUUAUUUCCUUCAUGGAAGUUAUUUGCGAAGCUCAUGUCUUUGCCGAAAAGACGGGACUUGGCCCUGCAAUUCUUGAAAAGAUGUUGGGCGACAUGUUUGGGCCGAUAAUAGAAAGUUACUCAAAGAGGGUAACAACUGGUGCGUACGUGCCAGAGCCGGGCGGAAAGGCUGGAUUUGACGUGCAGCUCGCUAUUAAGGAUAUAAAACAUGCGCUGAACAGCGCUACAGCUGCUGGAACGUCCCUUGAAGUUAGCGAAAUCGCCUUGAAACACCUUCAAAAGGCGAAGAGUUUGGUGAGCGAUCGCCCGCUGGAUAGUAGUUCAAUCUAUGGCGCUAUAAGAACCGAAGCAGACUUGGAUUUCUUUUCGGACGUCUGUAAAAAGCGAGACGGAAUGGGCUCCGAAACAUGA